AUGCACCUACCCAACGGACGCGUAGUCGGCCCUAUGCAGCAGGAGACUUCUACGUCAGUAAACAAAUUGCCCAGUGGAACACCAAUCCAACCUCGACAUGCUACUCCGAAACCCACGGUGGCAAAGCGGCCGCACGGGCAUAAGGAGACACCCCAGCAGGUGGCACGUAUAGCAAAGGUUAACGGCAUGCCAGAGGACCGUCCGUACGUCGCGUGGGACGGAUUCCACUCUGCGAUGGCUGUGAUAAAGAAUGUUAUAGGCGAUUCUGCAGAAUCGAGCGUAACGUCGCCUACACUCCCUGAAGACGGCAGUACUAUGCAGGCCUUUUUAAUGCGUACGGAACGACGGUACACCCAGAUGGGAUUGGAGACCAGUGAGUGGGGGAACACACCUAUCGACCAUCUUGUGGGUCUGGCUCUAACUGAUGGGAUGUAUCUACAGCGAACUAUCGACCUAAGCAACUGGGCGACUGUACAGCGCCGGCUUCUGGAACGGUUCAACAAGACAAUGUUGCAGAGUCAACUGCUAACGGAGUUGGGUAAAGUGCGGAGGAAUGGAAACCCUAAAAAGUAUACGGACCAGUUUGCGGCUGUAGCGGAGCGUGGAGUUGGGAUUGCCCCCCACGAACUCGCUGACUUCUACUGCGCUGGGCUACAAACUGACCUCCAUCUUCUCAUUACAAAUAAUAGGCUGGUGAAGUAUUCCUCCUGGGAACAAGUGGCGACAGCAGCAGCGCGACUCUAUGAACCUAAGCAGACCGUGCUACUACGAGAAAGGGCUAGUCGAGCGGUAAGAGCUGCUACUGAGGCAAAUGCAACCCAUCGGAAGCAGGAAAAUGGAACUAGGCCUGGAGGAAACUAUGCGAACUGCUACGAGUGUCAGGGUCGUGGAUACCCGGCACGAGUUUGUCCCAGCAAAGGGGAACGAACCAAGCGCCCGGGCGAGACCUGCAGGAAGUGUGGAGGUGUUGGACACUAUGCUCGUGACUGUCCUACACACGGCUGA